GUAGGCUGCGGAGCCUGUGUGUCCGACAGACCGGGGAGUUGCACUGAAAGACACGGCGCCGAACAGCCAGGUUUAAAUGAGCAGUGUUGCGGAAUUUGUCUGAUAUGAAAGCAACAGAUCAAUCAACCAAAUCUCUCAGAUAGAUCUCGGAUGUUAUCCCUUCUCCUGAGCUGUGGACAACAUCCUAUCUAGCCAGGUGUGACAAGGAGGCUGCCCCCCGUUGGAUUUCAGUAUUCCUCUGACAAUCUUGACGUCAAACGUGAUUUGGAGAUUUGGAGAGAAGACAACGUUUUUUGUAGCUUGACUUAUCAGCCAGUCCCAGACCACCUAUUCAGCCAGAAGGAGAGACCCCAUCCCUUGCCCACCCUCCCCUGCUGCUAGCUAGCACCAGCAUGGCAGACAGUCGACAGCCAGAAGAUGGUGCCCCCCAGUGGGACCCAUCAGGGGGGCAGGAGCCUGCUGGCACCCAUGGAGCCAAUGGCUACUCUUCCUCCACCUACAGGACCUGCCAACCGGGUGCCGCCCACAUGGCCACGGCCUCCUACUCCGCCAGGGAGAACGGCUUCAAUGGAGAGCUAACUGGUGCUCACGCUGUAACUGCAGAGCAAGUGUCAGCACGGAUCGUGCAGGAAGUGACGGCAGAGGCAGUGGCGGUAUUGAAGGGAGAGCAGGAGACUCAAAGGCUGCCAUCAGUUGAAGACACCACGAAUUUGCCUCCCUCUCCUCCCCCUUCACCUGCUGCGGAGCACUUUGGUCCGCUGGAGCAAGAUGUAGGGGAUGAGGAGGAGGCGGGGCCUCUCCGCCGCUUCCAAAAUUCUCGGGAGAGGUGCAAGUUCCUCGCCCCCUCCAUCUCAGUUUCCGUGCCCGAGGACGACCCCUACCACUCCGACGAGGAGUACUAUGAGCACCCAUUGUUCAGCCCAGAGUGGACGCACUCGGGCUCACGCCCCACAGGGCAGGCCGUGGCCUUUAGACAGAUUGAAGAAGAGACCAUGGAGGCUCUUACAGCUGAAUACGAGGAGGAGGUGGAAGAGGAGGAGGAGGAGGAGGAGGAGGAGAGUGCAGAGGCAGCAGAGUCCGAGGCAGCUCUUGAUGAGCAGCAGUGGAGCGGGGAAGAGCCCGAGCUGGACAGCCCCCAAGCUGAACCCUUAGAGCAGGCAGAGGCCAUAGAUGAGGCCCAGGAUCUAGACCUGGGGCCGGCUGAAGCAGCUAGUGCUGCUGCAGUAAGCUCUAUGGACAGAGAGGAGGAGGAAGCAGAGGGUGAGGAAUGCCCCGAGACAGCUUCGAAGAUGGACUCAGACAAGCAGGGCAGCGAGAAAAGUGGUUCCAUGAGCCCAGACAGCAUUGGAUCGGAGAAACGUCCAGAGGAGUUUUUUGAGCCCCAGGUCCAAGGAUUUUUUGCUGGUGAACGAGUUGUACCAGAGAGCCCCACCAUGGAUAUGCCAUCCUUUGUACCGCCGAAUGUUCAAAUCCAAGCCAAAGAAUCUGCCAAAUCACUCACACUUCAGCCUGCAUAUGGUGAACCAAUCACAGUGUCAGAGAAACAGCCAUCAGUGGAGGUAGUGGAGUUCAGCAGCAUUGGUGGUCCCUCUGAAUUCCCUUCAAUAGGAGACAAAGUUCAAGGAGGAGACUCAACAAGAGACGCAGGCGACAGAUCUGGUAUGUCAGCAUAUUUUGAAACAUCAGCCAUGGAGGUUGACGAGGCUCCCCCAUGUAAGGGUGAGGGUUAUUACGAACUGAGCAGAGCUGGUGAAGAGAAGAGUACAGUUGAUGUCAGGCCUCAGGAGAUCAGCUACAGCACACUAGCUGAAGCCCAGGAUAAACCUGAAACUAAAAUAAGUACAUCAGAAGACACUAGGGUGUUCACUGUUCCUGACAGGAGUAAUGAAUGCAGGCUUUCCCCAGGUAAACUAGCCUUAGAGCAGAGGAGUUACUCACUCAACAUCACCAUUGGAACAAUGGAUCAAAGUGGCCAAGGCAGACCUAGGAACUUCUCCCCACUAGCCACAGAUAUCAUGUCAUACACAAGUGGAAGUCUAGAUGAGUCAGCAGACUACCUCCCAGUCACUACACCCUCUGUGGAUAAGCCUCCAUCCUUCCCUCCCCUUAUUCUGGAGACUGCAGCUUCCAUCACUUCAGAUUCAUCAUCUCCUCCAAGGACCACUGAAGCAGUUUCUAAACCCAGCCCUGAACCAGAGUCACCAGAAUCACCACAGCCCUUUAAGAGCACCUAUAAAAAUGGAACAGUGAUGGCACAAGACUUACCUGAGAUGCUGGACCUUGCUGGUACCCGCUCCAGACUGGCAUCAGAAAACAAUGACCCAGAAAUAAUCAGAAGAAAGUCAGUUCAAGGUGAUUCUCCUGCCUUCACUGAUGACCCACUGGCUAGCCUAGUUUCAGGGGAACUGAGUCCCAGAAAGAGUGAAAGCCAGUUGGAAGAGAUGGGCUAUUGUGUCUUUAGUGAAUAUUCAGGGCCCAUGCCUUCCCCUGCAGAUGUGUUCAGCCCUACAGACACUUCUGCACAGGUCUUCACCCCCUCCGUCCUGGAGGAGAAAGUGGCUGAGCAGGCUAGAAAAUUAGCAGUCAGAGACACAUCUGUGGAGGACAAGAGCCAGCCAUCAGGAGUUUCUGAUGUCACUGAAGAGAUAGACCAGAAGCAGGUAGAGAGGAAAGACUCUGUUGAAGAAAAGGGCAAAGAGGUUGUAGAUGAUCAACUAAAUAAAACUAUAAGUGAGACACCACCUGCUCAACUAAGUGAGUCAUUUGUGACACCAACAGUCACUGUGACUCUUGAAGAAGGUGGGAGGUCAGAGAGUGAGACUGAACGACAAGCCAGUGGUGAAGGCUCAGCAUCAGAAACCGAGAUUGCCGACUACGAGAGGCAGAUCCGCAAACUGGAGAUGGAAGACAGGCCUCUCAGUUUGGAGGAGGAGCGAGAACUGCAGGAACUUCGGGAGAAGGUGAAGCUGGUCCACCAGGAGGCCUAUGAAGAAGUUGAUGCAGAAGAUGUGUACCAGCUCACAGGCGUGGCCAAGGACCGAAUUGCCAGGCCUGUCAAAACUUCCCCUGCUUCUUCUGUGGAGAGCAACAUCGAUGAUGACAAGUUGCUCUCCCCAGUGCUCUCACCUUCGAAGCUUAAACAAAGAGAGGUUUAUGGUUCCCCCAAAAGAACACCUUCACCGGUGUUAGGAAUAAACAAAGAGGAGAAAGAGGAAUCAGAAAGAAAAAUCAAGGAAGCACAAGAGAAGGAGGCAGCUGAGAAGAAGAUGAAAGAAGAGAAAGAAGAGGCAGAGAGGAAGAUUAAAGAGGAGGCAGAGAGGAAAGAAAAGGAAAUGAAAGAGAGAGAAGAGAGAGAAAGGAGAGAGAAAGAAGAAAGAGAGAAAGAGGAGGCAGAAAGAAUACUGAGGGAAGAAAAAGAAAGGAAGGAAAAAGAACAGAAAGAGCUGGAGAUUAAAGAAAAGAAGGAGAAAGAGGAGAAAGAGAGGAAAGAGAAAGAAGAAAGAGAGAAGAAAGAAAGAGAGGAGAGGGAAAAGAUAGAGCAAGAAGAGAGAGAAAGGAAAGAAAGAGAGGAAAAGGAAAGAAUAGAGAAAGAGUUGAGAGAGAAAGAAAAGAUAGAGAAGGAACUAAAAGAGAAGGAGGAGAAAGAGAAGAAAGAAAAGGAACUGAAAGAGAAGGAAGAGAGAGAGAAAAUGGCUGAGAUGGACAAAAAGAUUGCAGACAAGCCUGAGGAGAUAGCACGACAACCUGAGGAAAAAGCAGCUGUGGAGCCUGUGGAGAAAGAAGCUGAAAAACCUGUGGAGGCUGAGAAGGAGCAAGAGGAAGUUGAGGAAGAUGAGAAAGCAGGGGCAGGAGCAGCAAAUGAGAUCCCAGAGACCCGUGCUGCCAUUGAAUCAGUGGUGACAGUUGAAGACGAUUUUAUCACUGUGGUCCAGACUAUUGAUGAAACGGAGGAGCCGGGACACAGCGUUCGUUUCUCUGCUCCUCCUGAGGCUGAAGCCCUUUGUGUCGCUGCCCAGAAAGAGGAAGAGGAGGAAGAGGAGGAGUCUGUGGAGUUGGCCCAAGAAGCAGAUAUUGAAGCUGCCAGUCUAGAGGAGGUGGGUGACGUUCCUGAGACCCCCGCCUCCCCUGAGAAGGAGGCUCAAAACGUAGAAACUGAAGGACCAACAGAAAGCUACGAUAGAGAUGAAACCACAAUGGACGACUCCAUCCUGGACAGCUCCUGGGUUGACACACAAGAUGAUGAUAAGAGUAUGGCAACAGAGCAGAUUGAGCCUUUGCCCAAGAUGUCCAGCCCAGCCAAAAAGUCUGCUGUGGUCCAGAACAAGCAGACACAACAGAAGAAGGCAGAGAAACAGGAAAAGCUGGUCAAACCAAAGGCCAAAGGAGGGCGACCUAAAGGCCGGAUCUCCACACCAGAACGCAAACCUGUCCGCAAAGAACCAGUCUACAUCCCCAAAGAAGAAGUCAAGAAGAAAAAAGCAGUGAUAAGGAAGACUGAACUUAACAAAAAAAUGGAGACUCAGACUCAAUCCCCAUCCAAGAGGAGCGUGAUGAAACCAGCUGUCCGUCAGACCCGUCCCACCCAGCACCACUCCUGUCCUAGAAGGAGACCCACAGAGGCCAUACCAGACAGUCGUCAGCCUCUCAGUGUUGCCAGACAGUCCCGCGACAGAGCAUCAUGCCAUGCCCAUCAUUUGCCACUAACAAAGAUCCCCACCUCCAUGUCCAGAGUGGCUGCCACAUUAGAUAGACCUCGGUCAUCCUCAGUAGAGCCUCAAGGCUCCCCAGUUUUACAGAGACUCAAAGAUGAGGAUGGUGGGUCAUGGAGCCCUGACAAGAGGUCCUCUCUACCACGACAUGGCUCAAUUCUGAGUCGCCGUGGAUACCAUGACCAGGAGGAGAGCUCCACCUCCAUCACCAGCUCUGGCUCCACGGCUCCUCGCAGACCCACAUCAUUUCGCACAGAGAUGAGGGCAGAGCAUAGGACAGGACGAGCCCCAAGUAUGACAGUUACAGAAGCCGUGCGUUCCCGUUCGGCUCGCAGUGGCCACUCCACCCCCCGCACCCCUGGCUCCACAGCCAUCACCCCAGGAACCCCUCCUAGCUACUCGUCGUCCUCUAGGACCCCUGGAACCCCACGCUCCCUCAGCUUGAUUUCCCAGGAGAGGAAGGUGGCUGUGGUCCGCACCCCACCCAAGUCGCCUGCAACGACGCCUAAGCAGCUCCGCAUCAUCAACCAGCCACUGCCUGACUUCAAGAACGUCAGGUCUAAGAUAGGCUCCACAGAGAAUAUCAAGUACCAGCCUAAAGGAGGACAGGUUCUCAUCCCCAGUGUUAAGCUGAACUAUAGCCAUGUUCAGUCUAGGUGUGGGUCCUUGGACAGGCGGGGCUACUCGGCAGGAGGUGGAAACGUGAUGAUACAGAACAAGAAGAUCGACUUGAGCCAUGUGACCUCCAAAUGUGGCUCUCUAGACAACAUCCAUCAUCGGCCAGGAGGCGGUAACGUGCGUAUAGAGACUGUGAAGUUGGACUUUAAAGACAAAGCCCAAGCCAAGGUGGGUUCCCUGGAUAAUGCUCACCACACUCCUGGUGGAGGCCACGUCAUGAUUGAGAGUCACAGGCUGGCGUUUCGUGACCAGGCCAAAGCGCGAGUGGACCACGGAGCUGAGAUCAUCGUCCAAUCUCCAGGCCUGUCCGGCUCAGUGUCUCCCCAGCGCCAUCGGGACAGCCACCUAUCAUCCUCCGGCAGUCUCAACAUGAUGGAUUCGCCGCAGUUAGCAACCCUGGCUGAGGAUGUCACUGCAGCUCUGGCCAAGCAGGGUUUGUGAACACUGGAUCUCUGGAUACCUGCUCUGCACCCCAGACAUCCUCACCCUGAUCCCUUUGAGACUUUUCUGCCCAUUUCUGCCACCCUGAGGCCAACCUCAGCUAAACCACAGCCUCUAAACAUCUCCACUUAAAGAUCCAUAACUCAACUUUUAAGUAGAGACUCGAAUUAGGAGCUACUGUACGGUCCUCUUUAUUUCCUGUCUAUUUUAAAUCCAAAUAUGUGCUAUUUCUGAUUCAUUUUGUUGGCCUCUCUCUUUUUGAAUGAUGUUGCAUAGAAUAGUUCAGUCUGAGCACUGGUCCUAGAUUAAGAGGUGAAUACAAAGUGGGGGCCAGGUAUUGGCUUGACUGGUCCUGGAUCAGUGUUUUGAAGAAGCUACAGCCUUUUUUCUACAUUAAAUAAGACGUAAUGUGGCCAGCACACCACGCAGCACGUGUUGUUCUUGCUCAGUAAACGUGCAUGGACGCCAAACUCCCUAACAAACCAAGCAUCCUUACUGCAAGUCAUUCUUGUCAUCCAAUAUACAAUAUAUUUAACAAAUAUAUAGAGAAACAUGUAUAAAAAUACGAGUUCUUUGCCAUCUACAUGUCCUAAAACAUUUUAAAAGGAAGUGACAAUAUGGCUAUAAAAUAUACUUGUAAAAUUGCAUUACUGCAAGAACUAGGUCAUGUUAUGACAAGCAUGUAUUGAUUCUAAUAUUAAAAGAGGCUAUUUUGUAAUCUAAAGAAAGGAUUUUAGUAAGUUAUUUCCUCAAUUAUUGGAUAAAGAUAAAACAAGUUCAUGUUUUGUAGUUAUUAGUUGUUUACAGUGUAAUGCUUGGUGACAGUGUCAGACAGCUGAAUUGGUGUUGCUAAGGAAUGCAUCUCAGUCCUGUUGAAGAGCAUCAUACACUUGUACCUGCUCAGUAGUUCAAUAUAGACGCCUGUUUACAUCCGAACAGUAUUAAACACUGGAGCUCAUUCCGCAAACCUCCAUCCAAAAAGGAAAGAGUUAUAAGUAUCUUGUCUUUACAGCUGCAGAUAUUCGGCUCACACGAAUGAACAGUACAGACAUUUCCUCCGCUAUCACAGGCUGAUCAUCAGCUCAUCAGGACUAUCUGCUGGACCACAGAGGAUGACGCUACGAAUGCGACCUGAGAUUUAGCAGAAGAUGCAGCUACUCUGAAAUCUGUCUGUGUGUGUGUGCGUUUGGUGCAGAUCCCAUGCCGUUUUACGACGUAUGCUACCGUAUCUGGAUGUUUUGUUGCAAUAUGUGGGAGAAGAAAGUGGAAUAAAAUAUUUUGAAAACUCCAUUAAAAAGACAAUUCAUGAAGAAAAAUAAAAUGACCGAGGGAACUCGGAUCCUGUUACAUCUGUUAGGAAAAAAGUGUUUGGGUGAUCUAGUUUCUUUUUCGGACACCAUUUGUGGUAUAUCCUGCCUCCUGCCUAAUUACUGCCCUCACCUGCAACUGUUUGCUUCUGUGUUUUUUCUGCAUACCCCAUCUCCGUGUGCCCCCUUCCCACCUCCUGCUCCACCCUACAGCAACUGUAAAUGUAUUUAAAAGGUCAAGUAGAUGUACGCAGUUUUUCUCUUGUUGAUAUGACACCAAUUACAAUAAGUAAUGACAAUAAAAAGGACAAAAAGUGA